CACACUAAAAGAAGCUGCCGAGUUCUGAAGAAGAAGAAGACGACACACUUUCUUUCCCGCCACUUCUCCAUUGCCUUUGUGGGUGAGCAAACGAUGUUGUGGGUCGACAAGUACAGACCCAAAUCGCUAGAUAAGGUCAUCGUUCACGAAGAGAUCGCUCAGAAUCUCAAGAAACUGGUAACGGAGCAAGAUUGUCCGCAUUUGCUGUUCUAUGGACCGUCUGGGUCUGGUAAGAAAACCCUAAUCAUGGCGCUUCUUAAGCAGAUUUAUGGUGCCAGUGCUGAGAAGGUGAAAGUGGAGAACAGGGCAUGGAAAGUUGAUGCUGGGAGUAGAACUAUUGAUCUGGAGCUUACUACUUUAUCAAGCACAAAUCAUGUGGAACUUACUCCAAGUGAUGCAGGCUUUCAGGACAGAUACAUCGUUCAAGAGAUCAUUAAAGAGAUGGCUAAGAACAGACCAAUUGACACCAAAGGAAAGAAGGGAUACAAGGUGUUAGUACUAAAUGAAGUUGACAAGCUCUCACGAGAAGCUCAACAUUCUCUGCGGAGAACAAUGGAGAAGUAUAGCUCAUCAUGCCGUCUCAUCUUAUGCUGUAACAGUUCUUCAAAGGUUACAGAAGCCAUUAAGUCUCGUUGUCUCAAUGUGCGCAUCAAUGCACCUUCGCAUGAAGAGAUAGUGAAAGUGUUGGAGUUCGUUGCAAAGAAAGAAAGUCUGCAACUUCCUCACGGUUUCGCUGCUCGUAUUGCCGAAAAAUCAAAUCGCAGUCUUAGAAGAGCUAUUCUGUCACUUGAGACCUGUCGUGUCCAAAACUAUCCGUUCACAGAUAACCAAGUGAUAUCUCCCAUGGAUUGGGAAGAGUAUGUCGCUGAGAUAUCAACUGACAUGAUGAGGGAACAGAGCCCUAAAUGUUUGUUUCAGGUGCGUGGGAAGGUAUAUGAGUUGCUACUUAAUUGCAUUCCACCAGAAGUCAUACUGAAGAGACUUCUUCAUGAACUGCUGAAGAAACUUGACUCAGAGCUGAAGCUUGAAGUCUGCCACUGGGCUGCAUAUUAUGAGCAUAGGAUGAGAUUAGGUCAGAAAGCCAUAUUUCACAUAGAAGCAUUUGUGGCCAAGUUUAUGAGCAUAUACAAAAACUUCCUCAUUACAACAUUUGGGUAGAGUAUGAAGGAAGGAAUGCUCCAAAUCCAGGAGAAGAGGACAGUCUUGUGUGUCUCCUUUCUAUUAGCUUUUUUCGAUCACUCUCUUCGUCUAGAUAAGGGAAGUAGAAUCCUUUUAUCAACUCAACUCGUGUUCAAGCUAUCUCUUUCUGAAACGAAAAGACAAACGUCCAUGUGUUACGAUUUAAUGUUUGUGACAUUAAACACCAAAAGUAAUGUUUUUUUUUAUCUGAAGACAAUGACGCAUAUGAUUAUAACAUAUUAUAUUUUGCUUUAGCCGUAG